GGACUCAUACAGGGUUAUGACAACUCGGAGAGCAGUGUGAGGAAGGCCUGUGUAUUCUGUCUGGUGGCCCUCUAUGCAGUCAUAGGGGAGGAGCUAAAACCUCACCUCAACCAACUGUCUGGCAGCAAGGUGAGGGACCACGCCCACUUUCUACUAACCACACCUWUUACCUGUCUUCUAAUACAUCUACACUACUUGAUUCUCAAAUGAAUCUAUCUAUUUAUAGCUACACAUUUCACACUGAACCAAAUUAAACGCAACAUGCAACCAUUUCAGCAGUUACAGUUCAU